CUGAAAUUUAAUCGCUCAAGGUCGUUGAGGCGAAAGAGCGGAAAAGUUCAAAGCUGCAUUACGUUUUUCCCGUGUUGUGCUCAAUCCAGAUCAGUGAAUAGCUAGCAUGACUGAGUCAACUGUUGGCUCAACAGGUAGUCUUUGUGAAACACCGAUUCAGUGGCCAAUGACAAAGGCCUCCUACGAGUUUGGAAAGUCAAUUGGGCAAGGUGCUACAUCUACUGUGUUUGAAGCUCUUUGUCCCUCAAACGGGAAAAAAUGUGCCAUCAAGAUAAUCAAUCUUGAAAAAUGCAGCACAUCAGCGUCAUUAGAAGAAAUAAAUAGAGAAAUAAAAUCUAUGAAAAAUAUGAAAAACGAAAAUAUAGUGGCAUAUUAUGCAUCUUUUGUUGCCCAAACAGAACUGUGCAUCAUUAUGGAUCUAUGUCAAAGAGGAUCAUUAUUAGAUGUGAUCAAGUAUACACAAAAUAAACGAGAUAUUACUUAUGGUGUAUUUGAUGAGAAUACAAUUGCUACUAUUCUACGUGAUGUCUUACGUGGAUUAGCAUAUAUACAUGAAAAUGGUCUAGUUCAUCGCGAUUUAAAAUGCGGUAAUUUAUUGGUCAAAGAUGAUGGAAUUAUUCAAAUAGCAGAUUUUGGAGUUGCUGGAUUCUUGGCUACUCAACCGCUUACUGCGACAGGUAGUGUUGAUCUACGACGAUAUACAUUUGUUGGUACACCUUGUUGGAUGGCUCCAGAAGUUAUGCAACAAGCUCGAGGUUACAACCAGAAAGCAGAUAUAUGGUCAUUAGGUAUUACAACCAUUGAAAUGGCAACUGGUCAAGCGCCUUAUGCGAAAUUCGCCCCGAUGAAGGUAUUAAUGCUUACAUUACAAAAUGAUUCACCAGAUAUUGACAGUGUUGCUACAGUCAAUAAUCAAUAUUUAAAUUAUGGGCAUAAAUUUCGUAAAUUUACUAAAGCCUGCCUUAUGAAAGAUCCAGCUCAACGGUUAUCUGCCCGUGAAUUACUUAGUCAUACUUAUAUUAAAUCGAAAGCAAAGGAUCGAGAUUUACUUUGUCGUGUUCUACUUGGCGGUGAAAUGCCACCUCCUAUUGCUCGUGUCAAUAAACAUCCAGAUGAUCGAUCAGAAAAACGUGAUCCUAAGAAUAACAGUACAGAAUGGAAUUUUGAUACAGUCGGACGUGUAACUAAUAAUACCGGUGGUGCUGGUUUGGAUAGCGAUGAGGAUAGUGAUGAGAAUGAUUAUAAAAUGCCUGCAUAUACUAACACUACUGAUCGUGUACUCCCGUCACAAUCGUCUAAUUCAUCUAGUGGAUUUGAUUUUCCAUCGGAAUUAUUAACUCAAACUAAUGCAACUGCUCUAAUCGGCUCAUCUAAUGCACUUGCACCAGGCGCAACAACCCUACCACCAACUGCAUCAUCAUCAUCAACAACAACAACAACAACUACUACUACUAAUACAACAUUGCCGGCUACAUCAACAGUUGACAUGGGUGGUAUUAGUCCACGUUGUAGUAAUACACCUCAUUUAGAUAGAACAGAUCAUAUUGAAGUGUCUGGUUCAUCGUCAUCAUCAUUUCCACCAGCUCCAGCAUGUACACCGGCUUCACCAGAGGCAGCUAAUUCAAUUAGUGCUAUGGUUGCAGCAUUUGGAAGUACUUUAACAACAACGGAUGAUCCUAAUCAUGAACAAUUACAACAAUCUCAAACAAAUGAUGCUCCAUCUGGCAGUGGUAUAUGCUAUCGAAUAACAUUGCGUAAACGUAAUCCAAAACAGAAUAAUGAACUACAAGAUAUCAGUUUCAAUUAUGUUCCAGGAGAAGAUUCUGCUGAUGUUUUAGCACGUGAAUUAGUUCAAGCGGAUUUAUUGGAUGGUUGUGAUUCAUUAUUAGUUGCACAUCACAUGAGUGAACUGAUCAGUAAUCCAGCUGAACGUGAACGUGUUCUACCAUUAGAUGAAAAAUCUGAUGUACAUAAACAGUCUACAGAUUAUAAGAAUACAAAAUUGUCAAAUUUUAUUCGAACUGGAGGUGCAUCUGUUCCACCGCCACCAUCUCUUAGUUCUCGUAAUAGUAAAGGUUAUUCAGAUCCUAAUGAAGUCCUAAUCAAUCAUACUGCAUUUGCCGGUACACAAGGCGGUGGUUCAACACGAGCUUUUGCUAAUUUAGGUCGUAAAAGAGUAGCAGAUGAGGAUGAUUACUUCUUAGAAGAUGAUGAUACCAAUAAUUUAGAAUAUCAACCUGCUCCAGGAAGUCCAGCUGCUUUGAAACAUACAAAUCAAACGGAUAACCAAUCAGAUGAUUCUGAUGAUCCUUUGGAUCAAUUUAUGGCGGGUAUUAAUGAAGAGGUUAGAACACUUCAUUCUGGCGAGAAAACUGCAACUAAAGAAUCAAGUAAAACAAAGAAAAGUACCAAAGGUGAUGCAAAAGGUGUACGUGAUGAUAUUGAACAAGAAGAUGAAAUUGAAUCGUAUCUUAGAUUUAUGGAAGAGAAUCCACAUCUUGGCUUACUUGGUAAUGAUGACGAAGAAGAAGUAUACGAAUAUGAUGCUGAUGGAAAUAUUAUUGGUACAGAGAAAAAAGUGAUCGAUCCUUUACCGGCUAUUGAUCAUUCCAUGAUAAAUUAUGCACCAUUUACUAAAAAUUUCUAUGUGGAACAUGUGGAAAUAUCUAGUUUAGAUGAAGUUGGCGUGGAUGCAUUACGUGCUAAACUUGGUUUACGUGUUAGUGGACCUAGUCCAUUACGACCAAUUUGUUCAUUUGCACAUCUUGGAUUAGAUGAACCAUUAAUGGAAGCAAUACGUAAAGCUGGUUAUACACAACCAACACCAAUUCAAUCACAAGCUGUUCCAUUAAUUCUAGCUGGACGUGAUGUUAUUGGUAUAGGAAAAACAGGAAGUGCUCUUCUAUUCAGUGCAACAUUUAAACGUCGACUUGAACGAUUAGCCAGAGAUAUUCUACUUGAUCCUGUUCGAAUAAUACAAGGUGAAUUAGGUGAGGCUAAUGAAGAUAUUACUCAAUAUGUUGAAAUUUUCGAUAAAAUCGAACAGAAAUGGGAUUGGUUAACACGUAAUUUAGUUCGUUUAACUACCGAGGGAAGUGUGCUAAUUUUUGUGACACGUAAAGUUCACAGUGAAGAAGUUGCACAAAAACUAAAAUCACGUGAUUUGAAAGUUCUUCUCAUCCAUGGAGAUAUGCAUCAAUCCGAUCGUAAUACUGUGAUACAAGCAUUUAAACGACAAGAAGCGCCUAUUUUAGUGGCUACCGAUGUUGCAUCUCGUGGUUUGGAUAUACCUAGUAUACAUAAUGUAAUCAACUAUGAAGUUGCACGUGAUAUUGAUACACAUACUCAUCGAAUUGGUAGAACUGGUCGUGCAGGUGCCAAAGGAACUGCUUAUACAUUAUUUGUAGCUGGUAAAGAUCCAGUUGAUUUUGCAGCAUGUCUAGUGCAACAUCUUGAAUCGGCUUCACAAACAGUUCCACAAAGAUUACUUGAUAUUGCUUUAAAAUGCACAUGGUUUGCAAAUAAUCGAUCGUCAUUGAAUAAUAAUAAUGGAAAUGAGAAUUCCGUUAGACGAAAGCCAAUUGGCGGAUUCGAACCGAGACAACCUCGUGCUAGACCAGGAUUAGGUUUAUCAUCGGAUGAUAGUAACGACCUAAAUUAUUGUUCUCGUAGUAGUGGUCCAGCAGCUGCUGCAGCAGCCGGUGAAGGAGCUGAACUAAUUCGUCCAGGUGGUUUGCAAGCCGAUCGAUUUUCUGCCAUGAAAGCAGCAUUUUCAGCGCAAUAUAAUCGAAGAUUUGUCUCAGCCGGUGUUGAAGCCAGUCGAUAUACACAUCCAGAAAUGUUGAAAUCAUCAAGCAGCACAACUGAUAGACCAUCACAAAUUGUAGAUAAUUUUAUGAUUCCACAGAGUAAUUCAGAAGAAUUGCAACGUGCACAACAACAACAACUGCAACAAUACCAACAACCAUCGCAACAAAUGAAACCGCAAAAUGUACAAAUCGAUUCGAAACAAAAACGUUCCAGAUGGGAUUAAUUAAAUUAAAUUAAAUGAAUCGAUUUGUGUAAAAACAUUUUGUCAGCUUUAUUUAUAAUGCAUUUUUUUUUCUCUCUUCUCGUUGUCGUUUCGCGUCAAAAAUUUGUAACCUGAUAUAUAUAUACACUUACUUACUUACUAUCCAAUAAAAAUUUUAAUCAUUUGAUCUAA